GGCGCCGGCGAGCGUUCCGCUGCAGGGCAGGAGAGUGGAGGGGCGGCGGGGCGGGGAGCCGGGAGGCAUGGCGCGGCCCGACGAGGAGGAGGAGGGGCCGGCCGUGGCGCCCGGGCACCCGUUAGCAAAGGGAUACCUUCCGGUGCUGAGGGGCGCCCCGGAUGGGGAGGCGCGCACGGAGCCGCCUGAUGGGCCCGAGGCGGAGAACGGAGGCCCGGGUCACGGCUCCGUGGUCGCGGGAGCUCCGGACGGGCCGCAAGGCCUGCUGGCGGCGGCGGAGGAGGAGACCCAGGCCCGGCUGCUGCCCGCGGGCGGUGGGGAGGACGGCCCGGGCCCCACGCGCUCCCCGCGCACGGCGCUGUCGCCGCGGCGCUUCGUGGUGCUGCUCAUCUUCAGCGCGUACUCGCUGGUCAACGCCUUCCAUUGGAUCCAGUACAGCAUCAUCAGCAACGUGUUCGAGGGCUUCUACGGUGUGUCGGCGCUGCACAUCAACUGGCUGUCCAUGGUGUACAUGCUGGCCUACGUGCCCCUCAUUUUCCCGGCCACCUGGCUGCUGGACACGCGAGGACUGCGGCUCACGGCGCUGCUGGGCUCCGGCCUCAACGGCCUGGGCGCCUGGGUCAAGUGCGGCAGCGUGCAGCGGCACCUCUUCUGGGUCACCAUGCUGGGCCAGAGCCUGUGCUCCGUGGCCCAGGUCUUCAUUCUAGGCUUGCCUUCUCGCAUCGCCUCGGUGUGGUUUGGACCCAAGGAGGUGUCGACGGCUUGUGCCACCGCGGUGCUGGGCAACCAGCUUGGAACUGCAAUUGGCUUCUUGUUGCCGCCUGUUUUAGUGCCCAACACACAGAAUAACACAGACCUUCUGGCUUAUAACAUCAACACCAUGUUUUAUGGAACAGCAUUCAUCUCCACACUUUUAUUUUUUUUAACAGUAAUUGUGUUCAAGGAAAGGCCUCUGUUACCACCAAGUCAGGCUCAGGCAGCUCUGAGAGACAGUCCUCCUGCGGAGUACUCCUACAAGACUUCUAUCUGGAACCUCUUCAGAAACAUCCCCUUUGUUCUCCUGCUGAUCAGUUAUGGUAUUAUGACUGGAGCAUUUUAUUCAGUUUCAACAUUAUUAAAUCAAAUGAUAUUGACACAUUAUGAGAGAGAAGAGGUGAAUGCUGGAAGAAUUGGGCUAACGCUGGUGGUAGCUGGAAUGGUGGGCUCUAUUCUUUGUGGCUUGUGGCUGGAUUACACCAAAACCUACAAGCAGACGACUCUGAUCGUGUACAUCCUGUCUUUCAUUGGGAUGCUUAUAUUUACUUUCACGCUGGACCUUGGGUACAUCAUUGUGGUGUUUGUCACUGGGGGCUUCCUUGGUUUCUUCAUGACCGGUUACCUCCCUCUGGGCUUUGAGUUUGCUGUUGAGAUCACUUACCCUGAGUCUGAGGGCACAUCCUCUGGACUCCUCAACGCUGCUGCACAGAUAUUUGGAAUUUUAUUCACAUUGGCUCAAGGAAAGCUCAUGUCAGACUAUACACCUCAAGCAGGAAACAUUUUUCUCUGUGCCUGGAUGUUCUUAGGCAUCAUUUUGACAGCAUUGAUCAAGUCUGAUCUGAGAAGACACAACAUAAACAUGGGGCUUACAAACGGUGACAUGAAAGCGGUGCCAGUUGAUAGUCUGAUAGAUGAGAAACCAAAAGUGGUGAUGUCUAAGCAGUCAGAAUCUUCACUCUGAAGAGGGGAAGGCACCCGCCCUCAGCGUGGGGAUGUGGCAUCGUCCUUGGGGAGCUGUGUGAGUGGUGAGGACACUUACUUGGAAAGUAUUGGGGGAGCUCUGGACUCUGAAUAUCAUUUUGGUUUAUUGUUAUUAAGCAACAUUUUGCUUACAUCUCAACACUACCAUUUGUCUAAUAUUGUCUGUUUUCAGCUGUGUAUUGUGUCUAUGAAAGUAACAUUUUUGACAUUUUUCUCAGGAUUUUUUUUUAAUGGGGAAUCUAGAACCAUAAGGCGUGUAAGAGUGUGUGCAGUUCACAUGUAAACAUGUCCAGUGCAUUUCCAGUUAGCUGUCAUCUCACUGGAAUGGCCACAUCAGGAAACUGACCCACUGGAGGACAGGAUGGGAUCAGGAUCCCAGAGAAGUCCUCAGAUGUUUCCCAUCCUUUAUACUCUUGUUAUACAGUAUGUUGGUUCUGUGCCACAAAAAAAAAAAAAAAAAAAAAAAAAAAAAAAAAAAAAAAAAAAAAAAAAAAAACAGUUGUAUGCACAGAUUAAAUUCGUUACACUCUGGUUAGCUGAAGCACAUGUAGAUCAUUUGGAGUUCCUCUCUGUGCUGCCUUCAUACAAAUACUGUAUUUUUCAGUGCAACUUGAAAUAGAAUACCUUUAUUUUUACUCUCUUGCAAGAAAAUUUCAUCAUCUGUGUUACAAGCUAGCUCAUGAUUUCUUUUCUUUUCUUUCUUUCUUUUUUUCUUUUUUUUUUUUUUUUUUUUUUUUGAGACA